AUGGGGCGCGGCGCCGACGCUCGACUCCUCGGGGCGGCCGUGACCGCCCCGCCGCUGAACGACAUCGUUCAACUCUCGCUCGCGUCCCGCGCGUCCGCGGACGACGCCCCGACGGACCCGCGCGCGAAGACCGCCAAGGCGCGGCUGCGCGACCUCGCGACGUCCGAGCCCGGCACCGGCGUCGCCGACCGCAACGCCCUCGAGCGGUGCGCCAACGUCGUGACGUCCGCGCCGUUCUUCCUGUGCGGCCGCGACGUGCUCCGACGCGCGGCGGCGGAGAAGCAGAGGAGCAUCGAGCGCGACUGGCGCGACCGCGGCCUCGGUCUCCACAGCACCCGCGUCGACGACUCCCUCCCGCCGAUGGACCACGAGAAGAUGCGCAGGUUGGGUUGGGCGCUCGUCGGCGUCGGCGUCGCCGCGGUCGCGUACCACCUCGCCCCGCGCUCCAAACGCGCGCUUCGAACGACGCUGCGAAGGGUCGACUACACCGCCAUCGCGCUCGCGUCGAUGGCGGCGUCGGACGCGUACGGGGACGCCGUCGGGGCGCGAGCGGCGCGGAGGUCCGUCGUUCGCGUUCCUCGCGUCGUCACAGACGCAACCGUCGCGGCGUGCGUCAAGUUCCCGCUCAUCGUCUCCGCCGCGCACUGCGCGCUCUCCGAGGCGGCGUUCUACCGCGGCGCGCGCGUGGGGCGUCGAGGGGCGGGCGGCGUUCAUCACGAGGGAGGGAGUGUUCGAGGGAGCGAAGGGUCGGACGGCGCCAAGACAUGGCGUAAGCACGCGGCGUUUGCGAGCGCGGCGGGUUUUUUCUUCGUCGCCGAGGAGGUGUGGCCGGAUUUCCCGCUGCUGCACGCGGCGUGGCACGUCACCGGGGCGGCGGCGAUGUACACGGGGACGACGUGCGCGUUCGGCGAGCACGUGCCGGCGUCGCCGGGGUGA